AUGCGGUCUGUACCGUGGAAAUAUGCUCGUAUAUCUCGUUUUCAGAUUGGAUGCAGGGGCGGUGUAACUCAUAAAAACGAGAGCGGCGACGACGGAAGCAGCAGCGGAUCGGAGGUCUCUAUAGGUGAAGAAGCCGACGAAGCGAACCGUCUUACGGCGGAGAGCGACGACAGCGACGAAGAAGAAACUGAAUCGAGUGGUGAUGACGAAGAAAGCUCGGAGAGUGAUUCCUCCAAUAGUGGCGAUGAUAGCAGCAGUGAAGAGAGUGGAUCCUCGGAUUCACUCUGGGGUGCUCUCGAUGAUGAUGUCAAUAAGGAAACACAAGAAGCUAAUGAAGCGUCCGCUCUGCAAGAAUUUCAAAGCGCACUGGAUUAUCUAGUUGAGGGGAAGAGUGCUACAGCUUCAAAAAUUCUCAACAGGCUUCUGAACAAUCCUCUUGUGAAAGUGUUUCGAACCGAAGUCUUUGAUUGGGAAACGGAGAUUGAUGAAAGGCUUUCCAAAAUGGCUCGUCUAUAUGUUGGGAUUCACAAAAAUUUGGCAAAGCUCAAGACAGGAAAUGCUGUCGAGCACUUCUUGCAAAUCCUUUCCAUUGCUCCCAAGAAUCCUGAAAUCUGGUUGAAACUUGGUGCUAAUUGCUUAGCAAAAGGCGACGUUGAUUUUGCGAAGUUCGCUUUCGAACAUGCGGAGGGCAAUGUCGCAGUCGAUGCGUUGCUCAGCGCUUUGUAUCUAUCGAGAAAUUACCAUGCUUGCUUACGAUUAGCACAUAAAUGUUUGGAUAUGGGCAUCUGCGAGAAAAAAUCUCUGUUUCUCAAGGAACUUAUUCGAUCAGUUAAUUGUCAUUUUAGUGACUUUUGUGACAAUGUUUUUGGCGAACACAGAAGAUACGACAAGGUCAAGACACUGGAUGAAAAAACUAGAAAGAAGAUGGCUGAUCGGCUUGCCGAGUUGGAAGAAAAAAUCAACGCUAUCCAAAAUGAAACAAGUUCGGCUGUGCCUGAUCCUAUAGAGAUUACCGUUGACGCUGAACAAACAGUAGCAGACAUUGGAGCACUAUUCUGUGAUCUGUUUGAUAGAAUAGAAGCCUACUCCUCUCUCUCAUUGCAACAAGUUACUUUUAUUCAAUGGGAUGAUCGGAGAAUUUUGCUGGAAGCACAAAGUGUGCUUGAGAGUGUUUUCGACAUAAUUGAGACGGUGGAGUAUUUGUUGAACCAGACCGCUUCACAUACGGGGAGGCUCCGACAGCGUUCCAACAGUCUUUUUGAAGCUAGUGAUUGCUUCGUGCGCAGGUCUAUGCGCAAAGCCAUGGAGAUACCGCUCGAGGAGGAGGAUACAGCUGAGGAGCCUGCUGCGGAUAUUCGUCACCUAGAUGGAACAUUACCAGCUGUUGAGUUGGCAAGUUGCUUGGGAUUUGCGGUGAAGUAUAUCCAGCCCCUCAAAGAGAUAUUGAUGAAGAGACCUUCUCGUACUCCUUCACCAGAGCUCUCCUCGAAAUAUAUAGACACUGAUUUGCUGCUGUUCCUGUUGAUGACCAGUGUCAAAGAAGGAUCUUGGACAAUGUUUGAGUUAUUCGAAAUAUUCCUUUGCCUCAUUGCCGACUUUUCUCCUGCGUGCGGAGCCAUCCCAUCCAGUUUAUUGGAGGUGGUGGCUCAGUGCUAUCGUAGAUUCAAUCUGCUAUCAACUGAUCUCUGUCAUGAAAAAUAUAUUCGGCUGCACGUGUUGAUGGACGAACUUGGUGAGGUACAGGCUCGGGAUUAUUGUAUACAAUGGCACUGUGCUGAGAAGUGGGAUGACAAGGAACUCUUACAGCGUUUCAUGUGGAAUCAUGCCAAAGUAAUCACUGAUGACACUAUAAAGCUCUCGUUUUUAAAAUGUCUUCACAGCUCGCUUGAGGAGGAUGAGUUUAUAUUCACUGCUAAAGGUUGGUUUGGAAAAGACGAUGUACAAGAUAUGAUCGAUAAACUUGAGAAGAGCAAUCGAAUCAUCUCUUUGUCGCAGCUACGAAGUUGUUCUCGUUUCGAAGAGGUCAUCUCAAUAAUAACACGAGAUGUCGAUUUCAACACUUUGGAGGACGAAGACCUAUAUGUAAUGGUAGAUUACUUAUUGGACGCUUACAACAAAGUUAAAAAUCAUGAUUCUGCAGUUGAAUUUGCAUCGAGAGUAUUUCAACUAUACUUGUCGUACAAGCAGCUGCCAACCGAUCGUUUGAACGCAACUUUUCGUGCUAUUGAAAACACCUGCUGGAGCAAAGUUGCCGAUAAGAACUGUGAAAAGAUCGGUUACUUCCUUUGUCGCUUGCUCUCUAUAGAAGAGUUUCGCGUGAAUUGGAAUAUUUGGAAGGUUCUAUACGAGAUUGUACGCCAUUUGAGAGGAGAUGUCUCUGUUGCCUAUAUCAAGACAUUGGAUCCAGUGAAGAAUGAUGAAUGUAUGCCGAGCUUAGCUUUAGAUGUGCUUGUGAAGGCACACGAAAAACUUGGAGAAGCGAAAGUAUGUGGUCGUGAGAAGGGAGCCUUUCUUCUGUUUUACAUGCGACAGCUUCACAAGUGUAUCACCAAUAUGGACGUUAUGACCGUAAUGCAACAAGAUGAGUAUGCUUGGUUGUGGUCUAACGUUUCGGAGGAGAUAGCACAAUGUCUUUAUUGCUCAUUUGGGCGUUACUCAAAACGACGAAGAGCACUUGAAGAUCAUGAUUGCAAUGUAUCCUGUUCGGAGGUACCUAAUAUCAUGACAAUGACAUUGGAGCUCGCUAUGCCUCACCCCUUGCCUCAGUAUGAUGAUAAGGAACGUUUGGGCCAUGACAUAGUGGAUCUGAUCUUGAAUAAGUUCCCUUCUGCUCUCAAUUAUUCCAAUGAAAGGGGGCAAAUGCUACAUAAUUUCAAUCUAUGGAUGCGUCAAGCUUCGAAAGAGAAUGCAAAAAACAGACUGGAGUGGCCUUCAGUGAAGGGUGAAUCAUAUGUGCAGGCCUCAAUUUGGUACCUUAUGGCUUUACAUCACUACCGUCAGGGUAACCACGAAGAAAUUGAGAAGUUCGCUAAGCUGUUCCUAACAAGUGGACACGCUACUCUGGAUAGUCGAGUGACAGCUGGGGCAUGGGCCGUUUUGGGAUACAGCAGCGUAUACCGCAUCUUUCAGAUGGACGAUGACUUAUUGUAUUUGGAGUGGCCAUGGCAUGUUCUACCGUUCAAAGUCUCGGUACUAGUUGACAGCAGGAUAGGUGUUGUCUUCUUCCAGUUGGCGAAUACUCUGUAUCAAGUCGCUACACGUCUGUCUCGUUACUUUUUGACACUUCCAUCAGACGACUGGAGAUUACGACAUGCGGACACGUUGCUGAAGGACCUGCGGCUAAGAUCACUCUCCUUGUUCAAAGAGGCGCUCUCGAAGGCUCAAGGAGACUCAAGCAUCUGUGAGUAUCAGUGGUUAGCCUAUUUUUUCAUCGCAAAAUUACAAGCGAAGUUGAACGGCGAUGUCAUCAGAGUUGUUGAUGCUUUCUAUGAAGCGGCUUGUUCAUGUGAGCUUUCUGAGUUCUUUUAUCCGAUCAAAAUCAAUGUGAAGAAACAACAGAAUAUUGAACCAGUAGAACUGCACUAUCAAAUUCACAGUACUGUUUGGAAAUUCUUGUGUAAAGCUCCCUCACCAUCGCUAGAAAUUCUGGUUACUCUGCUGGCUUAUUUACGAGCGGUGCAAAACCACAAGGUGGUGCGAAGCUAUUUCUCCUUGUUCUCAAUACAUCCCGACAUCUACGCGACAAUCAUCGAUAUGACUUUGAAAUGUGAUGUUCGAAGAAAUGAUGAUGAUGUUACAACAGUCGUCAAUGACAUCGCGAAUCGCGCUGAUCUGAUCGACGAAAUUUGGAACCUGUGUCAUCGCGGUUUUGAGGUAGUAUGCGACCGCUUUCCACACAUGAAGUCUUACUACCGAUUGGCAGAAAUGGAGCUAAGUCGGGGAAAUGUUGAAAUAGCCUACAAUCAUCUGACUAGGCACAUCUUCCGACGAAAGAAGCGCGAUGAGUCGUUGUUUGAUAGUGUCGUAGAGAUAACAUCCCAAGAUAUCGACCGUUCAGGAUCGUUUCCAUAUCACGUAGAGAGAGCUUUAGAACUGAUGAUGAGUUUGGCAUACCAACUCAAGGAUGCUUCCAUCCUCAUUGGCAUAAUUACCACGCUUAUUGCCAAUAUGGAGAGUAGAAGCGAAAUGUACAUAUUGAAAGAGAGGCAAGGAGCGUUGCUGGUGCAUGCAGCUAAUCGACUCCAUAUAUUGGUCAUGGAGUCAUCUUCACCAAAAGUGAUGCGCUCUGAGAUGUAUAGAGCAUGGCAGGUAGUAAACAGACGGUGCUGCAUCAGCAUGGAUUGCAUAGUGGCCGCUGCCACUGGUGCGCUGAAAGGAAUUAACUUACGCGAGAAUUCCUUUACAAACCUCUUGCCGAUCAAGAACUUGACCCCAAAACAAGAUGAGAUAACUAGCAUGGUUUGGUCAGGAACGAAGCAGUCAGAUGUUUUGGCGGCACUUCUUGAUCGCUCGUUGAAACUGUAUGACACCCAGACAAACUCUUUUGAUGCCAAAUUCAGCAUAUCUGGAGGAGAGGGUGCUGUACAAGGUUUACACUGCUUGGAAAACGGUAAAAUUGCAUCGUGCGUAGAAUCCGGAAUGGUCAAUGUUUGGAGCGAAUCUGGAGAAAGCUGCAAAGAUUGGGAGGCGGGCGAAGGAGUCAAAGUAAUGAGAGGUUCAUCUACGCGAAAUGAAUUGCUUACGGGUGGGAUAAAACAUUUAAUAAAAACUUGGGACAUUGAGACGGGGAAGCGUGUUUGGUCAGCUCGAAACGUACCUUUGGAUUUCCUUGGCUUAGAAGUGCCCAUAAUGUGUACGGACGCUAGAUUCAUGGAUGACAGUGGCACUAUCUUGGAAGCUACAAAACUUCAUGAGAUGCGGCUAUAUGAUCCCCGUGCUCAGCGACGUCCCGUAAAGAAGAUUCCAUUUAUGGAUGUGCCAAUCACGGCAGUCAGUCGCUGUUACAAGGAUAACCAUGUGUUAGCAGCCAAUUCCAUUGGCGAAAUGGGACUGUUUGACUUACGGAGCAAAAUCCAUCCUGUCUGCAAGUAUAAAGGUCAAGCCGGGGCUAUCCGCUCCAUAGAUGCACAUCCAACUGCUCCGUAUGUGGCGACCUGCGGCAUUGACAGAUUUGUUCGAGUUCAUGAUAUUGACACAAAGAAGCUUGCUCACAAGAUAUACUGCAAAACCCGCUUAAAUCGUGUGCUCAUCACAUCUGAAUUGCCAAGCCUUUUGACGGUUUUGGAAGGAAACGAUGAACAGGAAUGGGAAGAGUUAAAGAAAGAGAUGAACUGUGAUAGCGAUUCGGCAGAAGGCUCAUCUGAUGAUGGCGCAUCAGCUGAUGAGGAAAUAUGGGAGAAACUGGAUGUAAGUGGUGAUUCUUCAGUGAAGAGUCGUCGAUCUCGCAUUCUCCAAAGAAAGCGAAAGGAGGAUGAAGAGCUGGCCGAGGCGAAUGGUGAUGACGAAGAGCCUGCCUCAAAAAAGAAAAAAGUUCGCAAGCCAAAGAAGAGAAAAGAAAAUAACGCUGACGAGGUCAAUGAAGAAAAACGCAAGAAAGCUAAGAUAGUACAGGGCAUCAAACGACACGACGAAAUUAAAGAAGAGGUUGACUCAGAUGAAGAACCUCCGAAACGAAUGCGAAAAAUCGGAAAAGCCGUUGUAUGUUCUUCGUGAAUAUGAAG